AUGGUUUCUGAAGGCAAAGAACAUGCUAUUCAACAUUUGUCCACUGCAGAAUUAGCGUUUAUCGCCAUGUUGACGGAUGUGAAAGGUGGUUUGGCCAAAACUCAUCAUGCACCAAUAAAUUCAUAUAAGGUAACGUUCGAAAAUAUUAAAGUGGUACGAGGUUAUCUCGAUCGAACUGGUGAUGGUACCCAUUUCGAAUAUCGUCAAAGUCCUAAAGGUUUAAAAUUCAAGACAGAAGAAGAAAAUGAUGAACAAGCAAAACAAGCGGCCGAAGAAGAUGAAGUCAAGGAGCCCAAAGAGGGUAAAACUUAUUUGGCCAUUCUUGAAAAUCAAGAACACAUUGAAGUUCUUGUCGAGAUUGAUCCCAAGGACAUCAACGAAAUUAUACAGAGUGCUCGAGACAAGCAAACAACGAUCGUUUGA